UGCACAUUUAUGACGAACAAGAGAGAAAAAAACAAAAAGGGAAGGAAGCAACGCAAAGAGAGAGAGAGAGAGCGACGGACGCUGCUGACGAUGAUGGAAGAACUGGACCUGUCUGCGUUGUUGAUGAACGACGAGGAGGACGACGGAGGCAACGCAGGCGGCGACCUUGUAGACCAGCUGGGGUUUGGCAAGGGAAACGGACAGCCAGUGCAGCAGCAGCAGCAGCAGCAGAAGCCGUAUGGCGUGCCGUCUUCAUCGUUUGCAGAGACGCUGCAAACAACGACGAACAGCGGCAGCACCAGUCGCAGCACUGACGUCAGUGGCAUCGGCCGUGGCCGUGGUGUCAGCGCAAGCAGCGAGGUGGACGACAGGGACCUGGCACACCGCUCCACCCACAUUGACCACAUUCUCGACAUUCUCGGCAUUUCACCGCUCAACGCAGUGGACCGCUGUCAAUCCCCAGAGGAUGCGCACGCAAGCCUAGAGGUGGUGGAGCGACUGCUGGACCUGCACCGCUACAACAAGCGCAUGUAUGAGGACUUGCAGUCCACCAUGGACCGUCUCAAGGACGACCGGCACCAGCAGGACCUACAGAAGGCAGAACUGAAGAACACGAUACGGGAGGUUGAGCGGGCCCGUGAUCAGGUGCAAGAGGAGCUGCGCCAGGCCCGCGUCGCCAUCUCCCGCCUGCAGUCAGACCUCAAGACCCAGCAGGCAGAGUCGAAGCGCGUGAAGCAGAAUGCGGACACGCUCAUCAACCAGCACGUGCACGAGCGCAAGCGGCUGCAGCGCCAGUACGACGCCCUCAGAGAAGCGCUCAGCAAGAAAAUUUCGCAGCAGGAGUCGCGUGGGCUGUCCAUCCACUGCCUGAACGAAGAGAACAGGUUGACGCGUGCCGGUGGUUCUCGUGGCAAGUGGGCCGUUCCAAAGAAUGCGGCCGGGGCGAUUGAGUCGGAGAUGCAGGAGAUGCUCGAGCGACGCGUUCAUGCCCUCAAGGACGAGAACGACCACAUGCGACAGGCCCUCGCCUCGCUUGAUGUUGACCUCGGGCAGGUGCUCCGCUCCGCCAAUGUGCCCUCGUCCCCGCUCGAUGAGUCAUCCACAUCACUCAACGACUCGUUUGAUGCGCGGCGGCCGCUCGGGUCUGGGCAGUUCCAGCUGCCGUUUGAUGUCGCCGGCGAGCGGAUUGAGCGCUCGCUGAAGAAGAAGAUGCAGCACUUGCAGCGGCAGCUCGAGGACGUCACCAGGCGCCACACGGAGAACACAGAUACGGAGGAUGUCGCCAAGCUCAAGGCGGAGAUUGCUGAGCUCAAGGAGGUGAUGCAGCAGCAGCAGCAGCUGUUGCUCGAGGCGGAGGCAGGGCUGGCAUCGUCGUCAUUCGCAAAGGAGCACUCGUUCCUGCAGUCGCCGGGCGCCCGCGCACCGGCAGCAAACGCGUCGUUUGUCGCGCGCAAGGAAACGUCGCUGCAGAAGGAGCGCGAGCAACUGAACGCGUGGGCGCUGGUGUUGGCGGAGAAAGAGGCCAACUUGGCUCACGAGUUUGCAGAGCUGAAGAGAGCCGAGCUCAGGCAGAAAGUCAGGACGCCUGGGGCCUUGAGCUGGCUGGACACGCCAACAAAGCCGUCCUCAUCAUCGCUCUCCACAACAUCGUCUGUCUCCAACACAUUCGCGCAGCCACCGCAAUCAUCAUCAGCAGCAGCACCAACCGGAACAGGUGGUACUAGUGUUGGUGAGCGCGGUCGUGGCUCGUCCGCCCUCCACCACUCCGUGUCUGCACCGCUGACCAGCACGCCACCGUCGACAUCAACACCUGCUAGCACCUCCGCGGCCAACGCAGGCACGGGCGAGCCGGGCCAGGCGUUGUCGACAUCUUCGCCACUGCGCGAAAUGAAACGCGCAAGCGAUUUCCUGCGCCAGGACGGUGCGCACACAGGACAUGACACCAGCGGCAGCAACAACAGUGACAGCAACAACGACAUUUACCGCAAGCACACCAGCAGAACCAACACCCACACCAGCAAUGGCAAUGAUGACAAUGAUGAUGGUGGUGAGGGUGAGGGUGAUGCAGACCUUGAUGCUGCGUUCCCAUUGUCAUCCUUCUCCCCAAUCCGUCGCGGGUCUGCCGGCAACAGCAGUCGAGGCGGUAACGACGGCACCAACAGCAGCACCAGUCUGGCCACAUCUGUUCGCAGCAACUACGAAGCGGCCACACCCAUUAUGAACAGGCUGGCUGAUCUUGAUGCCAUGAGCAACCCAGACGGUGACGGCCGUGGUGGUGGUGGUGGUGGUGGUGGUCAUGAUGUGUCCAACGCUUCCACCACCCGCAGCACCAACCUCUCCCCGAUUGUCAGCAUGACCGGCAGCAAUGGCGGUGGCGGUGGCGAUGGUGAUCGUGAUCGUGAUGUUGCGAGCAUGGUGUUGGAUGAGAGAGACGAAUAUGCGCAGCACCUCAAACACAUGCACGACUAUGAGUACCGCCGAUUCCGCGACCAACCCACCCUCGCUCAGCCACGUGAUGACAACAACAAUGAUGAUGGUGAUGACGGUGAUGGUGAUGAUAAUGGUGGCCGUGCUGGCGGUCGUGGUGGUCGCCAGCAGCAGCAACAAGUUCACGGUUGGUCAGCGAGUGCACACGCAACACCGCAGCAGCAACGGGCGCACACAGCAAGCACACACGGCCGUGGUGGCGCCGACACCAACACCUCCAACACAAACGCCAAGAGCGCGACCAUGGCGGCGGCAAUGUCAACACCACCACCCGCAUCGUCAUCAUUGUCAGCAUCAGCGCUGGUCAGUCCCCGGUUCAGUGACUUCAACACGGUCAUGUCUGAGAUUUCAACACCGCGACCAGCAUUGCGGUCCUCUGCCUUCCUCCCGAGUUACGUCACACCUGCACGCGCCAGCAGUGGUGGUGGCGGUGAUGGUGGUGGCAGCAGGCGGCGCCAUGAUGAUCGUGGUGGUGGCAGGCUGGAUGUUUCUUCAUCGCCGAUGCGAAGCGACACGAGCUGGCACCAGCUGUCACAAGACUCGCACACAUCGCCCCAAUACGCGCGACAGCGGCAAGACCACCAGCAACAAGACAGGGGUGAGGGGGGAUCGGAAGAGGCGGAAGACAUGCCACCGAGUUGGUUGGCUGGCGGUGUUGGUCUGGAGCGGCUGGAGCAGCUCAAAUCGCGACUGCACGCCGUUGGCAUUGUCUCGCCAAGCAAACGCAACACAGGCACACACGCGCAACAACAGCAGCAGCGAGGAGGGGCGGAAGGAACAUCCAGGGCAGUGGAUGCAACAAAAACGGGAGAGGAAGCAGCAGAUGCUGCAGGCACCAUUCAUUUCGCAGGCCACGACUUUGUGCCGCUGUCCCAACCAGAUCUCUCCAUCAGCUUUGACGGCCGCAUCUGAGCACUUGCUCUCGUGUGUGUGUGUGUGUGUGUGUGUGU